AUUCGAUCGGCGACGCGGGGAGCGGAAGCCCUUUACACUGCGGUGUUUCCGGUUUCAAGAUGGUCGCCUAAGCUGUUUAGUGAAACUUCUUCCACCUUUCUCCGUUCCUCUAGGUGCUUUUUCUGAACCUGGAUGUGACGCAUUAAAGGAUCCGACGGAAAUAGAAUUGAAGGCAUUCUAAAAUGGCUAACCGUACAGUGAAGGAUGCGCACAGCAUCCACGGCACCAACCCUCAAUAUCUGGUGGAGAAGAUCAUUCGAACGCGAAUCUACGAGUCCAAGUACUGGAAAGAGGAGUGCUUUGGACUUACAGCUGAACUUGUAGUCGAUAAAGCCAUGGAGUUAAGGUUUGUGGGUGGCGUCUAUGGUGGCAACAUAAAACCAACACCCUUUCUGUGUUUAACCUUGAAGAUGCUUCAAAUUCAACCCGAGAAGGAUAUCAUUGUAGAGUUUAUAAAAAACGAAGAUUUCAAGUAUGUCCGCAUGCUGGGGGCACUUUACAUGAGGCUGACAGGCACUGCAAUUGAUUGCUACAAGUACUUGGAGCCUUUGUACAAUGACUAUCGAAAAAUCAAGAGCCAGAACCGAAAUGGGGAGUUUGAAUUGAUGCAUGUUGAUGAGUUUAUUGAUGAACUGUUGCACAGUGAGAGAGUCUGUGAUAUCAUUCUGCCCCGACUACAGAAACGCUAUGUAUUAGAGGAAGCUGAGCAACUGGAGCCUCGAGUUAGUGCUCUGGAAGAGGACAUGGAUGAUGUGGAGUCCAGUGAAGAGGAAGAAGAGGAGGAUGAGAAGUUGGAAAGAGUGCCAUCACCUGAUCACCGCCGGAGAAGCUACCGAGACUUGGACAAGCCCCGUCGCUCUCCCACACUGCGCUACAGGAGGAGUAGGAGCCGGUCUCCCAGAAGGCGGAGUCGAUCUCCCAAAAGGAGAAGCCCCUCCCCUCGCCGAGAAAGGCAUCGGAGCAAGAGUCCAAGACGUCACCGCAGCAGGUCCCGAGAUCGGCGGCACAGAUCCCGUUCCAAGUCCCCAGGUCAUCACCGUAGUCACAGACACAGGAGCCACUCAAAGUCUCCCGAAAGGUCUAAGAAGAGCCACAAGAAGAGCCGGAGAGGGAAUGAGUAAUGGACUCAGUUUGGUUUUAGUCCACAUGGCCUCCUGUGGAUAUGAGGAUAUCUGUAUGUGGAAGGAUUAAGAUCUCCCCCAGGCAGCUAUAAGAAUAUUUUAGUUUUUUUCUUAUCAAGUUUCUCAACCUUUAUUUUUAAUGAAGGAGGUGCUGAGUUUUGUAUCUUUUUAAUCAUAAUCAACAUCAGUUUUUGACCCAACUAACCUUGACUGUAUUCAAACUUAUGAGAGUAUAAAGGAUCUGGAGGUUGGGGAUAUGAAUGACAAGAAAGGCUGUGGCCACCUGAUGACCCUUUCCCUUUUUAUUAAACCGGACACAUCUGUUUCCCAUUUCUCUGUAGUUUAGUUUUUGGUUUGUUGUGGUUGGAACUGCUUUGAGAAUCCUGGGAUUUGUGCUGCUGCUGUUAUUCAAAGAUCAAAGGAGUAAAACAUAGUAGCUCCUAACUUUUUUCCAGCAGCAGCAAGUGGUAAUAAACAUGAAAACUGGUUUGUAGCAGUUUCGAAAGAAUAGAAUGCAUUCAAAUGUAAGGCUGCUUCUGGAUCAUUAAAGCCAGUUUCAUCAAACAGUUCAACAGAGAGCGGCACUUAAUACCCUUUAUACAGCCCAUUUUUUCAUAGUUUCAUUUGUUCUUGCCCACAAGCUUGAAAUCCAGGUUAAGGUAUCCAGCCUUUAUCAUAUAAGCAUUGACAUUAUCCAGGCCUAGUCAGUAGCAGUAGGGUAACAGGAUUGAAAAAGAUUUGAUGGAGAGGAAAGUAUCUAAUAUUAGUCAUGGUUUUGACCUAAAUUGCUAGACAGUCGUGCCAUUCACAAAGUCAGAAAAUACAGCAGGAAGAGACAGCUUUUAGAGGGGCAGAGAAUUAGAGGAUUGUGGUAGUAAUGAAAAUGAUGCAUUCAGUUUAACAAGUUUAAUUUGAGACAGCUAUGGUAUAGCUAAAAACAAAAGCCCAUAAAGUUGGAGAUAGGGACCAGAGUUUAACAUAGCGAUCUAGGCCAGAAUUGACAAUGUUUAAGUAAUUGUGGAAUCUGUCAAUAAGACUUCCCAGAGUGUUUAUAUAUAUCAGAAAUGCACACAACAGAACCAUAGGCAGCACCAACACAGGAAGAAAUAGAAGUCACCUAUUGAAAACUGGAAUGGCCCAUUUAGAAAGACAGGAGAAUUAGGAGAGAGUGAGUGAAAGAAGCCAAGGGUCAAGAAUGCAGAAGCAAAGGAAGGACUAAAAAGCCUCCACGGACAUCGAUAAUCAAGAGAUUAUUAAGAUCUUUGCUAGAAGAGUUCCUUUACCUGUACUUAACUCCCUUAAAAAGAGAAAAGUGAUGGAAUGACUUCCUGCAACGGUAGUCCCAGCAGGAACUGUGAAGACCAGCUGCCCUGCAGGAUCCAGUUUUUCUUGGGAGGUUGUAUCUGGUCAUAAGGUAAACAUUCUAUAUAUUCUAUGCCUGCUCUAGAAUUGAAAGACUUCUGCAGCAGUAUUAAAGCAUUUUUUAAUCUUA